UGUGAAGACUGUGCAGCGCUGUGUGGCUCUGUCUCAGCUGCUGGUGUAGCAGAACUUCCCUGCAAUCGCCAUCCACAGGGGCAUGGCCCAGGAGGAGAGGCUUUCCCGGUACCAGCAGUUCAAGGACUUCCAAAGGCAGAUCCUGGUGGCCACCAACCUGUUUGGCCGAGGGAUGGACAUUGAGCGCGUCAACAUCGUCUUCAACUACGACAUGCCCGAGGAUUCCGACACCUACCUGCACAGAGUGGCCCCGACACCUACCUGCACAGAGUGGCCCGUGCAGGCAGGUUCGGGACGAAAUUCAUUAUAUCGGUCCAUGGCCCUGGACAGCAGAUGAUUCUAGAUAACGAGAUGAAUCUAAUGAAUAAGUUGCUUUGAUGGUAAGCUUGAAUGAAGAACAGACACAUUUGGGCUAAUUAGCUAAUAUCAUGUCAUCAGGUGAAGCUCCCUCAGACUACCCAAGUUCCCUAAACGCAACCACAUUUAGAAGAAUAAUUGCUUCCUGAAUUCCUGGUGUAGCAAUAAGCGCCCUCCUGAUAAUCACGUUUCCAUGAAUACCAAGGGGAACAUGGCUUUAAAAUACACACUUCCACCAUCCUCUCUCCAAAGGAAUUGCAAAUUAAUGCGAUGUGACUAAUAAUUUAUUCUGCAAUGGUAGUGAGUGCAUUGUCGGAGGGUGGCUAGGCCGAUCUGACCCUGAUCAGGUCUGUGAUUCAAUAAGAUACAGAUUAAAAGGAUCACCAGCACUGCUGCGUUAACCUCAAAUGGAUUACAAACAGAUUUAACACUGUACACCAACAACCACGGAUGCCCUUGCAUUUGCCUAGGCAUUAACAGAAAAUACACACAUAAACGAUACACAGUAUGUCCAUGGGAUUGGUUUAAGCCUCACUUUCCCAAAGUAGAUGAACCAACCAGAUCCCCUUUUCUGGGGCACUGAUCGAAACUGAUCUGGGACCAGUAUAGUUAGUGUGGCGUCAAAAAGAAACUAUCUGACCUAUUACUAUUACACCUGUGCCACUUUGGUACAAUAGCCCCAGUACAUUGUGUCACCAGUUGAUUGUGUGUUCAUUCAGCUCUAUAUUAACACCAAAUGAAACCUCCCUCUGGGGUUACAGAACAGGUCUGAAUUGUUUGCCACACACACUGGAAUGGGCCAAUAGAGAAGUGAUGUUAAUUAUACUCCCAGAGAGAGUGAACUGAGGUGAAUCAUUCCUGUACAUUACCAGACACUAGUGACCCUAGAAAACAAGUGCAACCAAGACAACAGCUCUGGUGAAAUGGUUGCGCGGGCUUGUUUAUCAUAAUAAAGGGCAAGGCCCUGUUCACCUGACUAGGUGGGGACAUAGAUGGGGGUGCGUGGUAUUGGGCGUGGCCAACAGCGCCUUCUCCGACCAACAUUUUUAGAGGCCCUCCCAUGGCAGCAGAAACAAAAUGUUGCUUUUUUAAAACAAUUUUGUCUGCUAUUCGCAAUUCUAGACAUUUUGCCAUGGGGAAAAGAACGUAUUUUACAGUUGAAUUAAGCUAGUUUCCUGCAAUUCUACACAUUUAGCCAUGGCUUGUGUUGUGUUCUUAUGCUACACUUCAUGACCAAAAGCUUGUCAAACAUCUCAUUACAAAUCAUGGGCAUUAUUUUAGAGUUUGUCCCCCCUUUGGUGCUAUAACAGCCUC